CGCUGCCUUCCAGCGUUCAAGUGCUGCAUACAGGUGCCCUGACAUCCCUGUCGGAACUGGUGGAGACUCUGCUGGAGGAAGAGGUGGUGAGGGUGGAGCAAAGGGAGAGUGCCAAUUUGCAGUGGUUCCAACAGGCCUUCCAGCUCCUGGGGUACUGGAUGGUGUCGGAGCGGGAAUGGGAGCGUGCCCGGGCUUUGCAGCUUGGGGUGCACUUGCUUCGGACCCAUUGCCAGAAGACCAGUGCUUCCCCACGGAUCCCCCCGGAGCAAUUCAGCCUCCUGGCUGGGGUGCUGGGGCCUUUCACCUGUGACGUGCUGGGCAGCAUCCGGCAGGGUGCCGUCGACUGCAUCAGGGUCUUGCUAAGCACCCAAGGUUGUCAGCCACGCUAUGCCCCCACAAGAGAUCCUGGCCUUCCUGCGCACCUUGCUGGAGCAGCUGAGAGCCGUGAGCCCCACCUGCGACCAGGCUGUCCUCCUGUGGUUUGAGGUGGUCGUGAAGGAGCAGAGGGAAGCCUUGAAGGACAAGAUCCCCGACCUGGUGGCUGUCAUUUGCUCCUAUGUGCAGCAAUCAGAGGAUGCAACUCAGCGCCAUUCCCUGGCCCAGGCCGUCUGUGUGCUGACGGAGUGCCACCGCAGGGCGGUCUGUGCCACCCUCCUUCAGCAGACCCUCCUCCCGGACAGGGCAAGGAUGGAGCUCUUGGUGGCUGUAGCAACUUACAAGGAUAACAGCGAACCUGUCCUGAGGCAUCUGCUCAACGUGGUGAAAGGGGGAGGAAGCGGCACCCCCAGCUACAUCAUGGCUCUUGUGCCCCUCCGGGAGGGGGUCCUGGCUCUGGAGGGCUGCGCCAGCCGGCUCCCGCUGCUCUCAAAGCUGUGCCACGCUCUCUUGUGCCAACUCAGCAGCACGGACCUGAAUGCAGAGACGCCCAACCCUUCUUCUCUGAAAAGGAUGACCUGCAGCAGGAUGGUGCCGCUGGAGCCCCGCAGGCUGGCUGUGCUGGUGCUGCAGGCUGUCCUCAGCAGAGCUCUCCCGGAAUCGGCGGGGGAGAUGGAUGUCUCGGGAGACACCUGGAGCUUCCUGAUGCAGCCGGGCAGUUACCUGAAGGGUGUCGCCCUCUUAGCUAGGUCCAUGGCAUGCUCACAGAACCCCCUCACUGAUGACCUCCUGCAUCGCCUUCUGCCCCAUCUCAGUUCCUCCAGAACAGCCUACAGAGACCUCAGCCUGGUGUUCUGCAUGGAGAUCCCAGGCCACUCUUUGCUUCACACGCCAGAGAUGCUCAACCUCCUUCUGCAAGAGAUGCUGGCCAGGACCCAGGAUGGCAGCACCACCCUGCAAGCCCUGGUGCUCCGAGGCCUGGGGAACGUGGCAACAGAAGCCCCCCAUGAGGUAGUUCAAGGGGUUCCAAACGGGACCUCGGCAGGUGAUGAAGGGCAGGGCUUUGCGAAGAAGCACCAGGAGUCUUUGCUGGCAACUCUGCUCCAGGCCGCGGGCAAUGGCGCCAGCCCCGAAGUGGCUGGCGAGAGCCUGUGUGCCCUGGGCAAGCUGUGGGGAUGUAUCGGGAGACGUCACAGAGUUCGUGCUCUCCAGGCCGUAGCCAGCCAGGCCCGUGGGCACCUCUGGCACGUGGAUGAUGCCCUCCGCAAAGCAGCCUUUGAGCUCUUGGGCCAGUUGGCCAGGGCAACUCAGCCAGAGGAGGCCAAGUCCUUUGCCAAAGAGGUGGGGAGGUCUUUGACUGCCCUCUUGCUGCACUUCAGGGAACCCAGCCCCACUGUGGCCAAGGCCUGUUCCAUUGCCUUCAUGUCAUGUGCCCCCUUCGUGGGCCUGCAAGACCUCACAGGGGACAUGGAGGCUGGGCAGCUGCUGGCGGAUGUCUCUGGUGCACGUCACAUCCACUUGAUGGGCAAAGUGUGCCGACAGCUGGUGAGUGAGCCUAUAAGCUGGGACCAGGCGCCACCUCUUGCCACCAUUGCCAGGAAACCUUUGCUCAGCUGCCUCCUGGCAACCAGGAAUGCCUUUCUCUCUGGGGCCUUCCUCUCGCCAAGACAGAUCCAGCGCUCCUGGGGGCCAUCCUGGCCGAUGUGCCCCAGUACCUGUGCUGUACCUGGGAAGGAGUUCAGAUCGCAGCCUGCAAGCUGGCCGGAAUCCUUGUGGAGACAGCAGACGCUCAGCGCCUCUCACGGCUGGAUCUGGACCGGCUCCUGGAAGCCCUCCGCCCUCUCUGCCGUGACCCCAACACUGCUGUUGAGAUUGCUGCUUCAGAAGCCCUCCGUGCCACCCAGCGGAAACGCCAGGAGAGCCAGGCUGACUCAGCCCGGAGCCGCAGAAGAAGACCUCUGCUGCCCGGCUGGUUGUUUGGCCGGCAACGUAAAGGUCCCAGGCCUAAGAGCCAGGUGGCUAGGCCUACCUGAGGGGGAAGCCUUGGAAAGCAGAAAUAUAUAUCUACCUCCCCUUGCAUGUCUGGUGUCUCCUUUGGGCUGA